AUGGCUCAGAAAGCGGCGAAAUCUCUGGCGGCUCGCAAUGCGGCAUUGCUGAACAGGUCGCAUAUCAUCACGCUCUCACUGCAUGUCCUAUUUCUGCUAUUGCACUGGCUCUUCAACCGCCCAAGCGCUCUGCUGCCCUAUGCCCUCUUCACUUUUCCUGCACUCGCCAUCGAGUUCUAUCUUGAGCGCCUCGGACGGCCGCGAUACAGCCAUUAUGAUGGAUCGCUCAAGUCAGCCGGCGAGGACCUGGGUGCCUCUGGCUUGACGGAGUACAUGUGGGAUAUUACAUACUGGACAUGGGGCUGCAUGGUUGCCGUCUGUCUGUUCAAUAACCGGGCUUGGUGGCUAUAUCUGGCCGUUCCGCUGUGGUCAAUCUAUUUGGCCUGGACUACUUUCUUUGGCAUUAAGAACGGGCUGGCUGGUAUGGGAGGCGCGAAUGAUGAGGCGUCUAGUGGUGGUGCCACUGGUGCGUCCAGUAAAAGACAGCAGAAGUUGGAAAAACGCGGUGGCCAACGUGUACAAUACCGGUAG